GGUGUCGUCCGGAGCUCUCCUCGCGCAGACUUUGCUCCCCGCCUCACGCGCCCUUCUCUCCGUGCUCAAAGGAGACCGUUUCCGUUUCUCCCGUUUAACGGACUACUACACAAUGGCAGAACAGGAGCCCACCCCAGAGCAGCUGGCAGCCAUCGCAGCAGAGAAUGAGGAAGAAUCCACGGUUGACUACAAGCCCCCCGCCCAAAAGAGCAUCAAGGAGAUCCAAGAACUGGACGCGGGCGACGAGAGCCUGCGCAAGUACAAGGAGGCACUGCUCGGGGGUACUCCUGAAGUGGUGGAUGAUCCAAAUGUCUCAAAUGUCCAGGUGACGAAGAUGACCCUGAUGUGCGACACAGCGCCAAAACCACUGUUCCUUGACCUUGAAGGAGAUUUGGACAAAUUUAAGAAGAAUCCAAUUGUCUUGAAAGAAGGAGUGGAAUACAGAGUAAAGAUCACCUUCAAGGUGAACAAAGAAAUAGUGUCUGGACUCAGGUACAACCAGCAAACAUUCAGGAAAGGCGUGAAAGUGGACAAGUCCGACUACAUGGUGGGCAGUUACGGGCCGCGGCCAAAGGAAGCCUACGAGUUCAUCACGCCCCUGGAGGAGGCGCCCAAAGGCAUGAUCGCCCGCGGCAGCUACACCAUCAAGUCCAAGUUCACUGAUGACGACAAGCACGACCACCUUUCCUGGGAGUGGUGCCUCUGCAUCAAAAAGGACUGGGAAGAUUGAUCUGCUAGUUUCUUUUUCAAUUUUGUUUUUUUGGUUUUUUUUCUCGCUGUCACUCCAUCAUUCCUCCACCAAGCCAUUUCUGGAUUGUGCUCCAUUUCUAAUUUUGCAUUCUCCGUCCAUCAACACUGCGAACAGGGAUUUCAUGUGUUUAAAUGAUGUGAAUUCUGGAUUGUGAUCUGGUUUUGCGUUGUUUUGGCGAUUUUGUGGAUUUGUUACAAGACAUUCCGGGCUGAUUUCGAUCUUUAUAUUUUUCUAAUUUCAAGCUAAAAAAGAAAAACGCUCUUAAUGUAAGGUCAAAUAAUGAUUUAAAUAACUCAAAUAUUACUCAAUGGGCAGAUAAUUUUAAGAAAAAUAAAUAAAAAUUGGUGUUUAAACAUCAACCACAAAUUUUACAGAUCUGAUAAUUGUUCAAAAAUUAAAUCUAGGUAUUAAUUCUGAAUUCAACUCAUUUUAACUGUAAUAGUCGUUCAGUUUUCGCAUUGCACACAUCACCUCUUUCCAACUCCCAACUUCUUCAAAAGAUUUCUGUCCAAAUUUUCCAUAAAAAACAAAAACAAAAUGGAGAAGCAAUUUGAAUACUCAAUCCAGAAUUUGUGGUUUGUUUAAAAAAAAAAAUAGAAAAAAAAAAUCUACUAAUGAACAAUUCCUUUUGCCCCUUAGCGCUUACCCCUUUACCCUUCCAUGCUUCUUCUACUGUAUUUCCAUAUAUUUUUAAAUUGUUACCAUGAUCUGCCUUAUUAAGAAAAGUAUUUUACAGGAAGUAGUAACUGCGUGUGUGCCCGCCGCUGUACGGUCGCUGGGCAAUCAUUGUCGGACACAGCCCUAAUUUUUCAUAUUUCCGCAGUCUUGUAACAGGGUAAAAUAGGUUUGAAAAUCAUUGACUUCUUGCUAUGGUCCGCUGAAGGAACAUAUUACCUCUUCAUCUCUCUGAUCAGGGUAUUUGAUAUUCUUAAACCAGCUAUGUGGCCUUUUUUAGGGAAUUUCUAGACAACGAUAGCUGAGCCUGUUUUUAUAAUAACACAAAUCUGGAUGUUGUCUUAACAUUUGAUCCAUGUAAUGUGCUGUAUAGGAUUAUGAUUUAUGGAUAAAGAUGCACUGUGUAGCUUUUUUCUGGCGCGCGGUGCUAUCUGUCCUUCUCCAUAUAGAUGCUAUCGCCUUGCAUGUUCCGCAAUAUGGCAUUAAACCUGUCUAUUUGCGUUUAGUAGAAAUACCCGGGUUAUUAAAACAUGCGGAUUUGCCACUCUCAACCCGUUUGUGAGGUACGUUUAAUGCCGUACUGCGAGACAUUCAAAGCAAAGCAACAUUAUUGUUAUGCAAACGAGCAGGGGACGGAUCAUCCCGCCAGAAAUGUUACACAGUGUAGCUUUGAAUUAGUAUGAAUCACGUAAACCUCGUCGGGAAUGAACAUUUAAUAAAUGAAAAUAGUUAAUCUUUUUUUUUUUUUUUUUUGCAAAUCUUCGACUGUGCCUUCUGCUGCUGCUGUUGAUUGUUCCAGCAUGUUCUAUUAUAAGAAAUGCUGCGUGGGAUUUGUAAACAAGAGGCGUGUAGUCGCGUUUAUGCAGUUCCCAGCUGGUAUAGUAAGUGUUUUUAUAUGGCCUACACUCCUGGAAAACUGAACAAAGAACCGUGUGUCUUGGACGGACGUCUCUCGGGCUGGGUUUGACUCUGUGUGCUGAUUGUAUUAUCGACAGUUUACUGAUUUCCUGUAUUCACAAUAAAGUGUUCAAACC